AUGUUUAGACUUUCUUUUUUCAUCAUAAUAUGCCUUGUCGUAUGUCAACUUAGCUUAGCAGAGACUGAUAAUGAAGCAGUCGUUGACGGCUUUUUUAGCCGUGGUGGACACACCAAUAACUGGGCUGUACUGGUAGCGUAUCAAAGUACGCAAGAGUUCUUGAUUACAAUCGGUGUCCAGGUAUGCACCUCUCGUUUUUGGUUCAACUAUCGUCACAUUGCGAAUACAUUAUCAAUGUAUCGUACAGUGAAGAGGCUCGGCAUUCCAGAUUCAAACAUUGUCCUUAUGCUUGCGGACGAUGUUGCUUGCAAUCCUCGAAACGUAUUUCCUGCCACAGUUUUUAACAAUGCAGGAAGAUAUCUAGACCUUUAUGGUGAUAACGUCGAGGUGGACUAUAGAGGCCGUGUUGCACCUGAUACACCUCGAUCUAAACGUUUACUAUCUGAUGAUCGAUCAAAUAUUUUGGUAUACAUGACUGGUCACGGUGGUAACGAAUUCUUGAAAUUUCAGGAUGCGGAAGAGAUCAGCAGUUUCGAUUUGGCUGAUGCUUUUGAACAAAUGUGGGAAAAGCGAAGAUAUCAUGAAAUAUUGUUUAUGAUCGAUACCUGUCAAGCCAAUACUAUGUAUAGCCAAAUUUAUUCUCCAAACAUAUUAGCUACAGGAAGUAGUGAGCUCGGUGAAAACUCUUAUUCACAUCAUAUGGACACCGAUAUUGGAGUAGCUGUGAUCGAUCGUUUUACAUAUUAUAACCUUGAGUUUCUUGAAAAGAUAGAUAUGCAAAGUAAAUCGACUUUACAAGAUCUUUUCGAUUCAUAUGACCCAUCACUAAUACAUUCAACCCCUGGAGUACGCAGUGACCUUUUUCGCAGACCCUUGGAUAAGGUUUUGGUAACAGAUUUUUUUGGUAGUGUACAGAAUGUUGAACUUAUGGGGCAAAAAUAUAAUCUAUCGAAUUCAGAAAUUAAUAACACGACAUUAUCACUUAAUAUGUCAAAUGUCGAACAGACAACUUUGAGAGAGGAAGAUCCAAUAAAAUUUGAAAAAACGACAUCACGAAAUUUUCACCUUUUUAAAAUGAAUUCUCGACAGACAUCAUCAUCAUUACCGCAGUUUAUAAUAGCCAGUCAUUCUGGUGAUUAA